GUCAGUCUGGGCCAGAAGCUUUGCGAGGUCGGUCGAGUUGUCGGCGGCAUGGCCGAAGUGUCUGUGCCCAGGCCGAUGAAGGUGAAAUUUGUCCGAGCAGAUUAGAUUUACUAACGCGCUUGCUCGCUAGAAUCAGGCUUCCAAUGGCAUCCGCUCGCGCAAACCACAGUCAGGAGCGGCUGGGUUCGCAGGAUGCUGAGGGGCAAGGCGUGCCCCAGUUCCAAGCCGUGUCCGUUUAUGAGCCCAUUAAGUCUGCGGACCUGCCUCGUGCGGACACCGAGGCACACUGGGACAAGCUGGACCGACACUACAGGGCAGUGAAGGCGACUAUCCUGCAGUUUCAGAGUCCCACCACGGGGCUGUUUCUGACCAAGACCGGCGGGGAGAACAACGAGUCCAAGGUUCGAGACAGCCUGUACUGCGCAGCGAGCGUUUGGGCCCUCUCCAUCGCCUACAGGCGCCUGGACGAUGACAAAGGAAGGACCCAUGAGCUGGAGCACUGCGCUGUCAAGUGUGUCCGAGGCAUCCUUUACUGCUACAUGAGGCAGGCUGACAAGGUGGAGCAAUUCAAGCAAGAUCCAUGCCCAUUCAAGUGUCUGCACUCGAUAUUCAACGCGGAGACCGGCGAUGUGGUGUACUCCUACAAGGAGUACGGGCACCUUCAGAUUGAUGCUGUGUCACUCUUCCUCCUCUAUCUGGUGGAAAUGAUUGCAUCCGGCCUUCAGAUCAUCUACAGCACAGAUGAGGUCGCGUUUGUUCAGAACCUGGUGUACUGCGUUGAGAGGGCUUACCGCGUGCCGGAUUACGGAAUGUGGGAGCGCGGCAGCAAGUACAACAACAACAGCACGGAGCUGCACUCCAGUUCUGUAGGUUUGGCCAAAGCUGCUUUGGAGGCUAUUAACGGCUUCAACCUCUUCGGGAAACAGGGCUGCUCCUGGUCGGUGAUCUUCGUGGACUUGGACGCCCACAAUCGUAACCGCCAGACGCUGUCGUCUCUCCUGCCACGGGAGUCUCGCUCCCACAACACGGACGCGGCGCUGCUGCCCUGCAUCGGCUACCCGGCGUUCGCCGUGGACGACGAAGCGCUGCUGGGCCAGGCGCUGGACAAGGUGUUGCGCAAGCUGCAGGGCCGCCACGGUUUCCGCCGCUUCCUGCGCGACGGCUACCGCACCGCGCUGGAGGACAAGAGCCGGCGCUACUACAAGCCGGCCGAGAUCAAGCUUUUUGAUGGCAUCGAAUGUGAAUUCCCUCUCUUCUUCAUCUACAUGAUAAUUGAUGGGGUGUACCGAGGACGUCCUGAGCAAGUGAGCGAGUAUCAGGACUUACUGAAGCCACUGCUCUUUCAGACAUCUGCAGGCCAUGCCGUCGUUCCCAAGUAUUACUACGUCCCCAACGACUUCAUCGAGGCGGAGAAGAAAAUGCCGGGCAGCCAGAAACGCUUCCCCAGCAACACCGGAUCAGACGGUCGCCUCUUCCUGUGGGGUCAGGCCCUCUACUGCAUUGCCAACCUGCUGGUCGAGAGGCUGCUGAGCCCGUACGAGCUGGACCCCGUGCAUCGCUUUGUUGCCAUUGAGGAUCGGCGCAACAUCAGCAUGAGAUACUCGAACCAGGGAGAGCUGGAGAAUGACGUGGUCGUGCACUUGGCCCUCAUUGCUGAAAGCCAGAGACUGCAGGCGUUCCUGAACACCUACGGGAUCGCGACGCAGACGCCCUCUCAAGUGGAGCCCAUUCAGAUUUGGCCUCAACACGAGCUCGUCAAGGCCUAUCAGUACCUGGGAGUGAACGAAAAACUGGGACUCUCUGGGAGACCCGAUCGCCCUCUGGGCUGCCUUGGGACAUCAAAGAUUUACCGGAUCCUGGGGCAGACGGUGGUGCCGUGUCCGCUCGUGUUCGACCUGAGUGAUUUCUACAUGUCCCAAGAUGUCAUGCUCCUCAUCGAUGACAUCCUGAAUUCGCUGCAGUUCAUUAAGCACAACUGGAAGAUGCACGGACGGCCCGUCUUCCUGGUCAUCAUUAGGGAAGAUAACAUCAGGGGGAGCCGAUUCAACCCAGUGCUGGACAUGCUGGCCUCCUUCAAGCAAGGCAGCCUCGAAGGGGUCAAAGUUCGCAUUGAUCGACUGCAGACACUCAUUUCUGGAGCAGCUAUGGAGCAGCUCGACUUUUUGCGCAUCAACGAUGACGAACCGGUCCCCGAGUUCCAGAGGCUGGAGGAGCUCUCCGUGCCCAAGCACCUACGGGUCAAGCGUCAGUCGAGCACGCCCAGCGCCAGCGAGAUGGAGCAGCAGGCCGAUCUGUCGCCGGCCGAGUGGGCCGCCACCGACACGGCGCACAUCCUCAUGAAGCUCAGCGACGUCAGCUGUCUGGCCAGCCAGGCCAUGCUGCUUGGAAUUCUUCUGAAGCGGGAGGGGGCCGCUUUCAUCACCGGGGAAGGCACGGUGAUGGAUCACUUGGAAAGAAUCUACCGCGCAGCCGGGAGUCGCAAGCUCUGGUCUGUUGUGCGGCUCACCGCAAGCCUGUUAGAUAAGGUUGUGGACAGCCUUGCCCCGUCCAUUACUAACGUCCUAGUGCAUAGCAAACAGGUGACCUUGGGCACGUUCGGCCACGAGGAAGUGAUCAUCUCCAACCCGCUGUCGCCGUCGGUGAUCAAGCGGCUGCUCUACGACGCCUGCCGCCACCUGGACCCGCGCGAGGCCGUGCUGCAGCAGGAGCUGGUCAUCCACAUUGGCUGGCUCAUCUCCAACUCGCCGCAGCUCUUCCGCGGCAUGCUAAAGCUGCGCAUCGGGUGGAUGAUCCACGCGAUGAAGCACGAGCUGAAGGUGCGAGCGGACGAGCCGCACGGGGCGCAGGACCUGUACACGCUGUCGCCCAGCGCCGUCAAGCAACUGCUGCUCGACGUCCUGCAGCCCCAGCAGCUCAGCAGGGCUUGGGAGAACAGACGCCACCUGGACGGGUCGCUUAACAGGACCCCGCCUGGGUUUUACGACCGCGUGUGGCAAGUUCUCGAGCGCACGCCCGGGGGCAUCAUGGUGUCGAAGAAGAUCCUUCCGCAGCAACCGACCCUGUCGGACAUGACUAUGUACGAGAUGAACUUCUCUCUGCUGGUGGAGGACAUCCUGCAGAACAUUGUGGAGCCAGAAUACCGGCAGAUCAUCGUGGAGCUGCUCAUGGUGGUGUCCGUGGUGCUGGAGAGGAACCCAGAGUUGGACUUCCAGGACCCCGUCGACCUCGACGCGCUCGUCAAGGAAGCCGUCGCCAACUUCCAGAAGGACCAGAAGAGCGAGGGGCUGUCGGAGAAGAAGAACGACGGCAUGCUGGCGUUCUACAACAUCUCGCCGGUGGGCAGGCACAGCACGGCCAGCUACCUCACCCGCGCCGUCCUCGAUCAGCUCCUGCAAGGCGAACUCAAGACGCUCAACCCCGACGACCCCUGCCUCAUCAGCUGAUUUCCCACGGCCGCCAGCUCCCUUACUCCAGCGCCGCCGUCAACGGUUGCCCGCCGCCCGAUUUGGUCCAAACCUCGCAUCUGUUUGGCCGCUGCCACCGCGUUGUAUUAUGCCGCGUGUAUUUAAGGCGAAUUGAGCGGAUGAGCCGUGCCACUGAGUUCAAAGGGGACUUUUUGUGGUGCACCGUGAGCUUUCGACGUAACAUUUCUGCGAGUUAAAAUGAAAUUUUUAAAAAAGUUCAUCGGUGGGAGCUAAAAUCGAAAUACUUCCGUAGAAUUAUGUGCAUUGCUUACAGAUGUAGCAGGUAAACAUUGCAGCGUACGCAUGCAAGCUCGUGCAUACGUGCACAUGUACAGGUGUGCAUGCUUUAGUACAAAACAUACUGUACCCACGUGAAUAUAGGUGCAUGCAUGAUAUGAGGGUCCACCAAAAUCUGUUAAGGAGCUGUUACCAAACGGGUCGCAAGCAAACUUAUGUCGGGAUGUUUUUUUGAGCCCCAAGCACAAACAGCGAUGUUAAAUUGCGUGAGGCUCACGGUGCGGUCGUUGUUAAAAAGAGUAAAACUGGCAGCGAAACGUGCGUUACUUUAAAGCACCAUUCUCAGAUUUGUUGAAGGCCCCUCGCACACCCUGCUUCAUUGUCAUUUCUCAUUAACCGGCAUUCCUCUCCACGCACCCUCCGCUCCGGCAACCAAUGCUUUCUGUUAAGGCCUCCAAGUUAUCCUUCGCUCACUGGGAAGGGGUCACCCUUUCUCCCCUGCUGCCCCUACUGUCUGAAACUCCAUGCACCACAGCCAUCCUCGCUGUCGACUCCCUGCCACUGUUCAAUCGCCACUCCUCCCUAUCAUCAUUAAUUAAUCAUGCCCUCUGUUCUGUAGAGCGUCUUGAUACGUGGUUUGACAUUGCAAUACAAUUACAAUAAUACUUGGAAUUACAUAAGGUGUAAAUGCGUCCACAUCUGAGGUCACUCGACAGAGACCAUGGCUUUAUUAUCUUGGAGAGGCAGGCAGUAAGGCGAGCGGGGCGUGGGGGAGUCAAGGCCUUGAGCCGAUGGGGGCAGGAAGUCAAGAGCACGUGGGACUGGGUGGGGGGUGGACGGAGUUCCAAACUAUAGGGGUAGCAGAGGUGAUUGAUUCGUGUAGAUGCUAUAUAAAUGCAAAUUGCGUUGCAUUCCAGUGCUAACAGAGAGGUCCAGUUCUUCUUACAGAGGGAGUGAGAUCAUUUCACGGGGGGUUUCUGGGAAAAUUCGCAAGUCACCGUGGCCACGUAUGACAU